UAUGUGAAUAGAAUAGGGUAAUUAUGUGAGUCCAGGUACAAAAAGGUGAUUGGAAAAACCAAAAAAAGGCUGAAAAAUUCAGUACACCAAAAAAAUGGCAUUGUAUCACAGUUAGUUUUUCUUAUUUAGGCAAUCCAUAGGACUGACAAAAAUGAAAUUUAGUGUGUUGGCUGUUGGUAAAUUGUUGUGUCUUCAUAAAGAGCACAUUUUGUAUUUAUGUUUCUAUUGUGACUUCUUCUACAUAGUUCGGUUUCUAAUUUGAGCCUAAACUAAACAAAAAUGCUUUUUAUAUGAGGAUAACAAAUUGUUAUGCCAACCGAUGCCAUUAAAAAGUCAAGUGAUCUGAACUGCCUGAUUAUUGUGAAUAAAGAAUAUUCUUGAUGGAAGUAAUUGCAUAUAUUUGAUAGAUGAUAAAAAACUUUAAAAUUAGUUUAAUUUGGGACACCUGGUAUUUGUGAGUAUUUGAACACCUGUAUGUUAUUACUGAUAACAUUGGAAAUUUAUUGUGUGCAUUUUAGUCUAGUUACUGUUGGUCAUUAUUAAUGGUAGUUUCGGAUUUAUUCGCGGUUUGGCAACGUGUUUGAGUUUUUGUGACAUUAUCUUCGGAUCCCGAUAAUAAGUUGUGGAUUACACUAUUCAAGCAACAAUUCAAAUCGUCAGGAACUGAAAUGAAAGUUAGUGAUGGCAAGCAAUUGCAAGUUUCUAUUGACGGAAAAAGUAAACCUACAGCGGGAUGGACAAAAAUAUUGUUAUUAGCUGGUUUUUCCACAACAGUUGGAGGUUCCCUGGCAGUGGGAUAUAAUAUAGGUGUAGUAAAUGCACCGGCUGUUGUUAUCAAACCGUUUUGUAAUCAAAGUAUCUACGAUAGAUAUGGCGUAGUAUUAUCAGUGAGUCAGUUAGAUUUAUUAUGGUCUUCCAUAGUGUCGAUAUUUUUGAUUGGGGGAGCUGUUGGAUCUUUGGGAGGAUCUUGCAUUGCAGAUUCACUGGGCAGGAGAGGAGGCCUGAUGAUAAGCCAGCUUCUGGGUUUAGUGGGCGGACUCCUCUUCCUUUUCAGUGAAGUUUUGAGAUCCGUAGAGACGCUGUGUUUAGGAAGGCUACUAGUGGGACUUUCUGCAGGUAUGAUCACUGGAAUUAUGCCAAUGUACUUGAUGGAGCUAUCUCCUUUACACCUAAGGGGGUCCAUGGGUGUUUUGUGCCCCCUUGGAGUAUGUACGGGUGUUCUACUCGGACAAAUAAUAUCACUUCCAGGAAUAUUAGGGAACGAACGUUACUGGAACUUAUGUCUUUCAUUCUUCCUGCUUCCACUUGUCCUAUGUAGCUUAAUUUUUCCGUUUUUACCGGAAAGUCCGAAGUAUUUAUUCCUAAUAAGGAAGAAUUACCAGGGUGCAUCAAAAGGUCUCGCGCGCAUAAGAAAUGUACCUCUGAGCGAGCUUGAAGAUGAAAUUCAAGAAUUGAGAGACGAGCAGCAAGCUAGAGAAACGUUAAAAAAUGAUGAUUGGUCUAUAGGCAGAGUGCUGAGAGAUCGAAAACUAUUUCUCCCUUUAAUGUUGGUAUGCGCCCUUCAAUCUGGCCAACAGUUCAGCGGUAUCAACGCUGUAUUUUAUUAUUCUGUAACCAUCUACAAAACUGCUGGUUUAUCAGAAUCUGGUCAAAUGCUUGGUACUAUUGCUGCAGGAGUGUGCAAUCUCUUCAUGGCGGCAAUAUCUAUUCGUAUAAUGGAGAAAUGCAAUCGAAGAUGGAUAAUUCAGCUCAGUUUAGCUUCCACUGCCUUUUUUCUCUUCUUAUUAGCGGUAGCCGUACAAUUUCUAAAAGUUGCUACAUGGAUGCCUUACUUGAGUAUUGUGGGUGUGCUUGGUUUUGUACUUAGCUACGGUCUUGGUUUAGGCCCUAUACCAUAUUUUAUAGCUUCAGAACUAUUCGAAGUUGGACCUAGACCACCUGCUAUGGCCUUAGGGAGCAUGGCUAAUUGGGGAGGGAACUUCUUCAUCGGGCUCUUCUUUCCUCUGAUGAACAGGCAUCUUGGAGCUGUAUCUUUUGUGAUAUUUGCUGUUUGGAUGGUCUUCCUCUUUUUCCUAGUUAGGAUAUAUUUACCGGAAACAAGAGGAAAGGAUGUGGCUCAGGUAGCUCUUCUUUGCCAGGAUGGACUGUCAUCGAAGCCUCUGUCAUCUCCAGUUACUUAGACCGUCACUGAACGUCAAGAAUGCGGGUGAAAGAUUCUCGAAUUAUAUUAAUACAUAUACAAUAUCUACUUAAUAGGCUAAGCAAUACAGUAUUUGGUUUGAAAUACAGGCAGAAAGACUGUUGAGAUUUACUUAAUUUUCUACUAGAAUUGAAUUGUUACCACUCAACUUUGUUUACAUUAAAGGUGUUUUGAAUUGUU